ACAGUUGCCACGACCAGUUAAUGGUGUAUGCACGUAGAUACAGGUUUACUACAUUUCUACGUUUAUCAAUAGUAUUUUAUCAAGUAGCAUUCGGCAACGAGCGUUCAGUAUACGUUUAAAGUUUGUUAAAGCUGGACAAUUAUUUCUUGAGCGCUUCGAUUGGAAUUCUUCAUCAACAAUAUAUUGUCAAUUUCCAAGAUGGCACCCAAUAAUAACAGCGAUUCUAGUAAACCUGUGAAUCCCAACGAGUUUCUUGCCAUACCCAAAUGGAUAAAUGAGGACUACUUUCGUCCCAUUAUAGAGAAAGAUGUACCAGAUUUUAUGAGUAUCAAAAACUUUAAUCCCAUUGCGGCAACACAACCAGGUGAAAACUACACAUCGAUUAUGGUGCGUGUUGUCAUCGACAUAGAGCUCAAAGAUGGAAGUGAAAAACAGAUUUCAUAUAUUUUGAAGACAAUGCUGGAUUCGGAUAAGGGCGGUGCUCUUGUGUCUUCCAUGAAUUUAUUUCCCAAGGAAAUGCAGAUGUAUCAGGUGCACAUUCCCAACUAUAACAGACUUUACAAGGAUGCCGGAGUUGACAUUGAAUUGGCGCCCAAAUGUGUGCACAUUGAGCAAACACCAGAGUGCAUUACUCUGGUGCUGGAGGAUCUGAAGCGUCAAAAUUUCCACAACAUUGAUCGACUUAAGGGUCUUGACAUGCCCCACAUGAGGAGAGUAUUGAGAAAAAUUGCUGAGUUUCAUGCCGCUUCAGUUGUAAACUAUGAACAAAAUGGACCCUAUGAACAGAUGUACUUGGAUUCAUUUUAUGCAGAGAGCAAUCGUCCAAUUUUUGAGACGAUAGGGAAUAUGCGAAUGCAACAAUAUUUCAGGGCUAUGAGGGAGUGGCAAAUGCCGGAUGUGGAGAAAUAUAUUGCGAUGGCACCAGGUGUCACGGAGUACUUUGAUAGAGGCCUUGCAUUGAACGCAGUGGACGAAAACGAAUUCAAUGUUUUGAAUCAUGGUGAUCUAUGGUGCAAUAAUAUAAUGUUCACAGAUGAUGGACCCGAAGAGCGCACCAUAUUUGUGGAUUUGCAGGUGGGCAAGUGGGGAUCUCCCGCUCAAGAUCUUUGGUAUAUGAUAACCACAUCAGCCGCACUGGACAUCAAGGUCAAGGAGUUCGAUCAUUUCAUUAGAAUCUAUCAUGAUCGCUUGGUGGAAUGCCUCAAAUUGCUGAAAUACUCGAAGCACGUUCCAACGUUGAGGGAAUUGCACUCCACAAUGAAUAAGUACGGCGAUUGGGGUAUAUUAACAGCGAAUAACACGUUGGUUGCCGCUAUGAUGCCCUCUGAUAAAGACUCCAGUAUAGAUACAAUAAUGACACCAGGACCUGAGGGCGACGCCUACUGCUUCAAGACCUUCAUCAAUCCAUACUACGUCAAGGCUAUGCGGCAACUGUAUCCGUUCUUUGAAAACAAAGGUCUUCUAUAAGGAUAUUAUCUUGUUAUAUGUACUUAUCUGUUGUGUAUUGUGUAUAUGUUAUUGAUAGUUCUAUCGUGUAGUAUAACUAAAAUAAAACUGAGCUUUUGUAAUGUAUACAAAAAUAAUAUUGUAUCUA